AUGUCUUCCUAUCCAUCCGAGAAGGGCGGUACCGAGGGGAUCGACAGGGUCCCCAGCGAGACUAACGACGCUUCAGACAACACUUCCGAUAACAACGGUCUCCAUGAGAAGCCCUCCAACGAGCACGCCGAAGGGCUACCUCCUGGGAACGCUCUGAACGCUGAUCUCGACCCCGAAAACCCGCUGUCUCGAUACACCCGCGAUGAGCUGCUGGAAAUCGCGUCUGGGUUUGCUAAGGAAAACGGAAUGGGCGACAAGGAGGACAUUUUCCGAAAGGGCGCUCUAGUGGCCCAAGACCCGGCCAACUUUGACAACAUUGACAUUCUCGACGACAAUGACCGAUACUGGCUGAGACGAGAAAUCACCCACAAGUGGGACCACCCCAUGAAGGUCUACUACAUUGUCAUCUGCUGCUCUUUGGCUGCGGCCGUCCAGGGUAUGGACGAGACUGUCAUCAACGGAGCCAACAUCAUCUUCCCUGCUCAGUUUGGCAUCAAGGAGGAGGCCGGUGUGGUGUCUCAGAAGACCUGGCUUCUUGGUCUGGUCAACUCGGCCCCCUACCUCUGUUGUGCCGUGGUUUCCUGUUGGCUCACCGACCCCAUUAAUAGACUGCUGGGCCGAAAAUGGACCAUUUUCUGGACCUGUUUCUGGUCUGGAGCUACGUGCUUCUGGUCCGGUUUCGUCAACAACUGGUGGCACCUGUUCAUUGCCCGAUUCUUCCUUGGAUUCGGUAUUGGACCCAAGUCUGCCACUGUUCCCGUCUACGCCGCCGAAUGCGCUCCCCCCACCAUUCGAGGAGCCAUGGUCAUGAUGUGGCAGAUGUGGACCGCCUUUGGAAUCAUGAUGGGAUACGUCAUGGACCUGGCCUUCUACUAUGUGCCUGAUCACGGCAUUGAGGGUCUCAACUGGCGUCUGAUGCUGGGCUCUGCUCUGAUCCCUGCCCUGCUCGUCUGUGUCCAGGUCAUUUGGUGUCCCGAGUCUCCUAGAUGGCACCUUGCUCGAGGAGAAAUCUCCAAGGCCUACGAGUGCAUGCGAGUCAUUCGAAACUCGGAAGUCCAGGCCGCUCGCGACCUGUUUUACGCACACGUGCUGCUGCUUGAAGAGGAGGAGCUGAAGCGCGGCAAGAACCGAUUUUUCGAGCUCUUUACCGUGCCUCGAAACCGACGAGCUUCCUGGGCCUCCUUCAUCGUCAUGUUCAUGCAGCAGUUCUGCGGUAUUAACGUGAUUGCCUACUACUCGUCCAACAUUUUCAUGGAGUCCGGUUUCGGCGAAAUCCAGGCUCUUCUUGCCUCCUUUGGUUUCGGUGCCAUCAACUUUGUGUUUGCACUUCCAGCUGUUUACACCAUUGAUACGUUUGGUCGACGAGCGCUUCUGUUAGUUACCUUCCCGCUCAUGGCCAUCUUCUUGCUAUUUGCAGGCUUUUGUUUCUGGAUCGACCAGGACGACCCCACCAACUCCCCAGCUCGAGUCGGUUGUAUUGCUCUGGGUAUUUAUCUCUUCUCAGCCGUCUACUCUUGCGGAGAGGGUCCAGUUCCCUUCACCUACUCUGCCGAGGCCUUCCCUCUCUACAUUCGAGAUCUAGGUAUGUCCUUUGCUACUGCCACCUGUUGGCUCUUCAACUUUGUGCUGGCUGUCACCUGGCCUUCUCUUCUAGCUGCCUUCACUCCACAGGGAGCCUUUGGAUGGUACGCUGCCUGGAACGUGGUUGGUUUCUUCCUCGUGCUCUGUUUCUUGCCUGAAACCAAGAACCUGACUCUUGAGGAGCUGGACAAGGUCUUUGGUGUGCCCACUCGAGUGCACAUGAAGUACCAGUUCAACGCUUUCAAGGUGAAUAUCCAGCGACACCUCUUCCGACAGGACAUUCCCAAGCCCCCUCCUCUCUACGCCCACGAGGUUGGAGUUGGCGGCACUUCUCACUACCAGCACAAGCCCCACCACACCGCCAACCUCACUCCCCUUCACACGGCGGAGCUUGCUUAA